GUGCUGGACUGGAGUUUGUAAUUUUUCGGUUAUAUUUUAUCUGUGAACAUUAUAUUGAGUGACGAACAAUCAUGGAUUCAAAUGGCACAUUUUCCAGAAAUGAUGAUCAGAACGGUGAGCCUAUGGCUAGUUCAUCUACUACACCGCCGCAAAAUAGCACAACGCGACGCGCGCAACCUUUCGUUAUACCAAAUGAGGGCACUUAUCUAAAACCUGCAGCGAAACAGGCCUACUUCAGUGAUGAAAAGGUGCUCAUUCCACAAGUAGAUGAGGCUGGCUUCAGUUUUCGCAAAUUAUGGGCAUUCACUGGUCCUGGGUUUCUCAUGUCUAUAGCCUAUCUCGAUCCGGGUAACAUAGAAUCGGAUUUACAAAGUGGCGCCGCAGCAAAAUAUAAAAUCUUAUGGGUGCUUUUAUGGGCUACAGUUUUGGGUUUGCUGAUGCAGCGCUUAGCGGCGAGAUUGGGUGUUGUGACGGGUCUGCAUUUGGCGGAGAUGUGCUAUCGGCAGUAUAGGAAAUUUCCCCGUAUUAUACUAUGGAUAAUGAUUGAAAUAGCCAUUAUCGGUUCAGAUAUGCAGGAAGUGAUUGGCACAGCCAUAGCCAUAUAUCUGCUGUCGAAUAAAAUCGUACCGCUAUGGGGUGGAGUGUUAAUAACAAUUGUUGAUACGUUUACGUUUUUAUUUUUGGAUAAAUAUGGUUUAAGAAAACUGGAAUUUCUCUUCGGUUUUCUGAUCACUGUGAUGGCGGUUACUUUUGGUUAUGAGUACAUCGUCUCAGCGCCCAGUCAAUCUGAAGUGAUGAUAGGUAUGUUUGUGCCAUGGUGUAAGGAUUGCAAUGCCAAUGUCCUACUGCAGGCGGUAGGCAUUGUCGGUGCUGUGAUAAUGCCCCACAAUCUAUACCUGCAUUCCGCCUUAGUCAAAUCACGUGAUAUCGAUCGCCGUCAACCGAAAAGAGUGAGCGAGGCGAAUUUCUACUUCUUCAUUGAGGCGUCAGUGGCGCUGUUUGUAUCCUUUAUUAUAAAUCUUUUCGUUGUGGCGGUCUUUGCGCAUGGCAUGUAUGGUAAAACCAAUCAGGACGUGCUUGAUGUCUGCGUUAAUCAAAGCAUGUACGAGGAUGCGAAAGCUUCGUUUGCGGAUAAUAAUAAUAACACAGAUCUCAUUGAUGCUGAUAUCUACAAAGGUGGCCUAUUCUUGGGUUGCACUUUCGGCGCAGUGGCAAUGUAUAUUUGGGGUGUUGGCAUUUUGGCGGCAGGACAGAGUUCCACCAUGACUGGCACAUAUGCGGGUCAAUUUUCAAUGGAAGGGUUCUUGAAUCUGCAAUGGCCACGUUGGCGACGUGUACUUUUUACGCGGCUAAUUGCAAUUAUACCCACUUUCUGUUUGGCAUUCUUCACUCGCAUGGAGGACUUGACACAUCUCAAUGAUAUACUGAACGCUGUGAUGUCGUUGCAAUUGCCUUUUGCUGCUAUACCAACGAUAGCAUUCACCUCAUGUGCGGCCAUAAUGGGUGAAUUUGUGAAUGGAAUCACCAACAAGGUCAUCUCUAUACUUUUAACAAUAGUCGUGAUAACGGUAAACAUCUACUUUGUUGUUGUACAAGUACAAACGGCGUCCUUGGAAGGUGGCUUUGUAGCAUUAGUUUGUAUAGUUGCCAUUUUAUAUUUGCUUUUUAACCUUUACCUUGUGAUACACAUGAUUGCGUGCAUGGGCAAUCGAAGGUUCGUGGAUAAUCGGUGGGUCCAGAGAUUUGUGCUACCCAGCCAGAACAGCUUUACGAUAAAGAACGUCAACUCAACCUAUGCAAGAAUUUCACCGAACGGCGAUCAGGAAGUAGAUGUUCCCUUCGGCGAAGAAGAAGAUGCAUAGCCACUACUAUUCGAUAUUGAUUCCGAGGACAGCGAUGACUGCGACGACACUAUUUUUAGGAGUCAUAAUAACAACAAAGCGCAUAACCAUGACUGUUCCAGCAUUAUCAGCUAGCAUCUUAGAAACACCUGCUGCUGCUUUGAUGGUUCCAAUAUUUUCACCCACAUGCAACAACUACUACUACUACUAAUGUUAGCUACAGUUAUGCCAAAGUAACAAUCAUACAUUCAAAGUGACAACAGCCACAUUACGUAAUUUUAUAAACAUCAAAAGUAAAAAAAAAACGAAAAUGUUUCAUAUUUUUUUAAAAUCACAACAACUACAACAGCAUCAUCAUCUAGAAGUUAAGUUAUGUAUUUGAUUUUCAAUGCAUUUAGAUGAGAUGUCACACAUGUAUAUAUGUAUGAACUGCAACAAUUACUAAAGCAAAUACAACAACUGUGACAGGUCGACGCUGGGACUGAGAGUUGAAAAAGUAAAAAAAAGAACGGAAAAGACAUCCAAUCGGAAUUAUGCAAUUAGCUUGUUAUAUUAUGUUUUUUUAAACUUUUAAUGUUUUUGCUUUGAUUUUUCAAUGAAAUUAAAAAUCAGCGUAGAAAUUUGAAAAAGUUUAGUUAGGAUUAAGAGUCUGUUGCCUUUUACAGCUUAAAAAUAUUUGUAAAUUCUAAUUUGAAAAUGUACGAUUUCGAAUUUUCCACAAUUGUAAACAUUUGUAAGUGCUUGCUAAAAAGACAAAAUUAAAAAAAAAAAGGUAUUUUUUAAGAUUUAUGUGUGCAUAUAUGUGGUGAGGCGAGGCUGUGAGAUUUAUUGUAGAAACCGGUAAAACUUGACUAUCUGGUUUUAAAAAUUAAGCAGAAAUUUUGUUUAUAUGCAUGACAAUUUAAGUGUUAUUGAUUGGAGUAUUAAACGUGUAUCGAUAUUAAAAAUUAUGGGGUACCUAUUUAAUUUGUUCAACUUAGUAAAUAAAGGGACCCACAAAAAUUUCAAAAUUAUUUUUUUUAUCGCAAAAAUUUACUACAUUUCGACUUUGACCGGCUAUAACUCGGCGGGCUUUUAUAUAAGUUUCAAUACGCCGAUUUAAGUCAAAACAUUGUAAAAUCUUUGCGCUUGUAAAAAAAUUAAAAUUUUUUUUAAACCCUGGUAGAGACAUCUAAAGUGUUUAAAAAACAUUUUAAAAAAUUUAUGGGUGUCCCAUACAAAAUGUAGAUGUUGAUAUUUUAAGGAACAUCUUGAGAGAUAUGUACAUGUGUAUGUAUACUGGGUCAUAUAAAAAGGCUUUGCGGAUUUUUGGGUAAAUGUUUGAAUUUUUUUUAUUGAAAAUCAUUUUUAAUCAAGUACAUAUUGGCCAUUGUUAUUAUGUAUCUUUGCCAUUUUUCGGGUUGCGUCAUAAUUUCAUUUGUGUAUCGAUCGGCCAAUUUUUUACCAUUAUGAGAGUUAUACAGAUACCGCGACAAAUGGAAGUCAGACAGUGCAAGGUCUAUGAUUGCAUCAAAACUUCUUAACCUUCAUAUUUUUCAUAUUUGGUACCUACUACAAUCGUUUUUCGGUUUGGACUGAGACCAAAAAACUUCACCAAUUGCCUCUCUCCUUCGCGGAUUUGUGGCAGUUUUGCGCUUCGUCCAUACAUAUACAACAUACCCAAGCCAGCCCCUUUCGAACCAAUUCUGGUCGCUCUUUUUUUUAUUGCUUCGUACAAGCGGUCGAAUUGUACAGUAGAGGACCGAAUUAAUCGUUUCCCAUCAACACCACAUAGUUUCAAAAUCCGUUAAGACUUUUCAUGAGACCAAAUACAUACAUAAUAUGUUCAAUGGUAUAUAUAUGUGUGUACAUGUAUGUAAAAUAGUUUUAACUCAAAAUUCAAUACAAAUAGGUGCGUCAAAAGUAGAAAAUUUUGUUUGUUGUAAUUUGCUGCAAAAACACAUCUGGUAAAUUGUGAGUUAAUACACUUUUGAAUAUUUACACAACCGUUUUUGAUAUUGUAAGUUCAUACCUACAUACAUACAGUGACUUACAGAAGUAUUUUGCAUUGUUUUGUUUACGUUAUUCAAAAUGUUUUUCGUGGGAAAUUUUUUUCGUUAGUUUUUUAUAAAAUAUGUAUAGCUCACUCAAGAUAGAAGGACGCACAGGGGUCACUUGACCGAUUUACAUAUUUUACUGUUAGUUUUCUAAAUUGGUAUUUCGAGAAUUUUAUUAUAAAUGCAUAAAAUUUACUUUAAAAGCAUUCAUAUUUUAUUGAUGUGUUUGAAACUUAAAUAAAUAGUACAACUACCUAAAAAGACGGACCCUAUUGGCAAAUAAGUAUAUUAAGUAUUUUUGUACUACUAAAAUAAGAAAAAUAAAAUUUGAAUUUUGUGUUGUUUUGAAAUUGGAUAAAAAGUUUUUAAUUUAAAAUUAUAAGUUUUUUGUUAUUAAAAUUUCCAGACAAGUGUUAAUCAGAUGUUGAACAAAAAAUUCAGUAUGCUGUUUAAUAACCCACUCAAUUUUAUGAUAAUAAAGUUUGAAAUUUCAAUGAAUAUUUGCUAAUCUUUCCAUAAUUUUCUUAUAAGUUUGAAAUUUUGAUUUAUGCCGUAUAUUGUAGAAUGAACUAUAUUUUUAUAAAAAGUUUACGAAAAUAUUUUAACAGGUAAAUAUUUUGAAUAUAUUAAGAAAAUGCUAUAUCAAAUACUUCUGUGAGUCACUGGAUGUAUGUAAUUGUAUUGUUAGUGUUUGGUUCUAAAUUUUACAUUUUAUUUAGGAAAAAACUAUAAAAUAUAAGUUUAAAAAUUGUUACUCAUUAAAAA